UUUACAUUAUUUAACAAGGGAUGUUCAUUCUUCCGCAUUGUUUUAACUUGAUAUGCAGUCAAAUGAAGUUUACAAAAGAACAGACUUAGGACUUCAGAUUUCAAAAUAUAUUACAAUGUUAAACAAGGAUUUAGUUUGUAUUUUUUGACCAAAAAAACAACUAUGAAAUUAAGUGGAUUGCUUCUUAUGUGCGCCCUUAACUGGAUUGUAUAUUGCUCUCAUUUUAGAGGUGCGACGUUUUCGUGGGCUCCAGGAAAGAACGGAACGUAUAUAACGAUUACAUUUCGCAUCUCCUGGAAAAUAGGCAGUGCUGCUUGUAACGAUACUACAAUCGCCGAUGGAAAUGUUAUUGGUUUGGGUAGCAUGACUUGCAUAAGUGGUUGCUCAGGAUCUGUUGGAUCCCUUCGAUUUCACUGCAUUGAUUACAGCUCUGGAGAAUAUAGUUCUGGAAUAAACAGUGUCAAUUACACACCUCCCAGCUCAGUAAAGCAAUUCAUCUUUGGCUUCAGUGGUGGUGACUGGAUCGAUUUACGUCAGGGGGGAGGGGACUGGUCUUUCCGAACAUCCGUGGACCUAUCAGUGAGGUCUGACCCCGGGAAAAUAAACAGUUCGCCGAUAGUAUAUAUGCCACCUGUACUUAAAUUACAGACAAGAUGCUCCUACACAUUACCUCUACCAGUUGCUGACGUGGAUGGAGAUGUUGUCAAAUGUCGUUGGGCGAUUGGAAAUGAAUGUGCUGAUGUUUGUCAAACAUUUUCUGGUUCAGUGGUAAAUAAGUCCGCGUGUACAAUUUCGUACACUGCUGGUACGUCAACCGGAUACUAUGUAGUAGCAUUACAAAUAGAAGAUUUCGCAAAUGAGACAUCUACAACACCACUGAGUAGUAUACCACUACAGUUCUUAGUUUAUAUUUACUCUGGUACUGGGUGUGCAGAUGGUUCUUGGUUUGUACCCCCAACGCCACAGUCAAACGCACUAUUUGAGGUAGAUGCUGGUGACACUGUAAAUGUUACGGUCAAAGCCAAAGGACUCAGAACAUUCAGUAGAAUAAUUGCCAUGUCGACAAUAGAUGUGAUACGAACAACGGAAGUGACGUCACAAGACGCAUCAUUCUCGUAUAUUACAAUGUCAUUGACAUACAAACCAGCUUCUACAGACGCUGACCAGGACCACAUCCUUUGUUUCUAUGCAAAAGACACGAUUGGAGUAACAGGUAACACAAGAUGUAUAACUAUUCACGUUUCCGGCACUGACAAUGACAACUGUGAUCCAUACCCAUGUCAAAAUGGGGCAACUUGUACAGAUGGAAUAAGUGAUUUCAACUGUACUUGCACAGAAGGCUUUACAGGAGAUGUAUGUUCCUCAGAUAUAGAUGAAUGUAAUAACCACACGGACAACUGUGAUGUGAAUGCUGUAUGUACGAAUACUAUAGGGAGCUUCACGUGUACCUGUUUUAAAGGGUACGGUGGUACUGAGUCAACAUGCAUAGAAAUAAAUGAAUGCGCUGAUGGGAGUAACAACUGUGAUGUGAAUGCUAAAUGUACAAAUACUAUUGGAAGCUUUACGUGUAAUUGUAUUGAGGGUUAUAGCGGAAAUGGUAUCAUAUGCACAGACAUAGACGAAUGCCUUUCAUCCCCAUGUCAGAAUAAAGCUAACUGUUCACAUGGCAUCAAUAAUUACACAUGUACUUGUAUGCAAGGAUACACUGGUGUCAGCUGUGAAACUGAUAUAAACGAAUGCGGUUCUAAUCCAUGUCAGAAUGGUGCUAAAUGUGAAGACAGAAUCAGUGGCUAUGUCUGUAUUUGUGAGGUCGGAUAUGCUGGUAUCAACUGCAAAACAGACACAAAUGACUACCUUGUAGAUAAACCGAGCAAAUACACUGUAAUCGUAGGUGCUGGGCUUAGUUUUAUCAUCAUAGUUCUUUGUGUUUAUGCGGGUUACAGUACUAUUGCUCGGUGGAAAACGUUACCAGUUAAAGAAACACCAUCAUCACAAGUUAAAAAUGAAGAAGACACGGCAAGAGAAGAGGAUACAAGUUUUGCCAAUCAAAUUUACAUGAACAUGGAGGAAAUUCAAGAACAACACGCAUCUGAAAGGAAGGCUGUGGAAACAGCCGAGGAAGAUUAUUCCAAUAUUGAUGAAUGUGGACGAGGACAAAGCAAAAUCUAUGAAACAAUAUACUGAUCAAAAUCUGAACAUUACAGUAAUUUAAUGGGAUACUAAGAUACAUUGCAAGAAGUUGAUCCCGUAUAAUCUUGACUAAAUAGUCCGCUAAUUUAAAGAAACAGAAAUAAUCCGUUUUAUCGAAUUAAAUCUUGAAAUGACCACAUGUGAAGUCGCAAACACUUUGUCCACAAUAUUCAAAAUGUAAUGUUACAGCAGUUUUCCUGUAGUUUCCUUAUCUGAAAUACGUAGGUAAGAAUAGCAAAACAACGUAAUCAAACUAAGAUGAUUUAUUUAAAUCAACAUGUCAGUAAAUUUUAAAAACAAUCGAUGGCGUAUCCGCUAUUCUGUCUUAUAUUUACAUUAUUCAUAAGUUUUAUUCUUAAAAUGUUAUGUAAUAGCACCGUCGACAUAGUAUGUACUUUUCAGUCUCUACCUUUUUUAGCUGCGUGAGCUACUCCUUGUUACCACUUCAGUUACCUUAGACAAAAAUUCAUCGAUCGAAUAAAUUACUCAGUACCAUACCGAACACCCCAAGCUUCAUGCAAAUAUAUCAAUUACUGAUAAUAUAUAUUAUAUGCUGAUGAAAAAACUUCUAUUGAGAGGAAACAAAGCAGUCAGCAUUAUAACAAUUCAAUGAAAAACGAAUAACCAGCCGUAUAUUCGGCACCGAUUAAUUUUCCAAAAUGCUUUGUUUAUGAUUAUGCUAAAUUCUAGAACACGAUUCUACGAUAUCUAUUUAUUGUUUGCCUUUGGUUGUUGCCCUUUUGUCAGCUGUGAAUGGAAUGUUUGUCUGCUGCGUCUGGGGGUUUCGUUUUGAGGAGGCUGCGUUUUUGGUACGUGGCAUUCCCUGUUUGAUAUGCCAUGUGGAGUGAUAUAUGGGUAGCUACGUAAUCUGAAUGUUCAUUUUAGACAUUUGAUUAUAUGAUAAUAAUGAUCUAGUAAGAAAUGUCAAUAAAAGAAACACUAUCUUAAACAGUGUGUCUGUGUAAUCCCAAACUUACACAAACUGGAAGAUUUUUUUAAUAUCACAUUAUGCAAACUUAGUUAAUUUGUUAAUGUAAUGUCUUAGAACAUUCACUGUAGCAGAUUUAGUUUAUACUCAUUUGUUUUAGCUCGAUUGUAAUGAAAGCUUCAAGCUUGUUGGAACCACUCCCGAGUCCGCUUCCUGGAAAAACCAGUACUGGUGUCAUAUGAGACGUCAUGGUCGUGACCCAAGUGGGGCUCGAACCCACGACCCCUGGAUCUGGCGGCGACGCAUCAACAACUAGACCACCGCAUAAAUUGAACUUUACCUUGAAGAAUUUUAUGUAGUAAAUAUUAUCAUACUGUGCAAAAUUAAGUGUUUUUGUUGAAGUUGUGUCUGAGAACUUUUUAAUGUAGCAAUUUUUUUUUAAAUUUACCUUACUAAAUGAAUACAUUAAGACAUUUAGCUUCUCAAUUGUUUUGUAUUCCUGUUUGUUCGUUUGUUUGUUUUGGGUUUAACGCCGUUUUUUGAACAGUAUUUCACUCAUGUCACGGCGGGCAGUUAACCUAACCAGUGUUCCUGGAUUCUGUACCAGUACAAACCUGUUCUCCACAAGUUACUGCCAACUUCUCCACAUGAAUCAGAGGUGGAGGACUAAUGAUUUCAGAUACAAUGCCGUUUAUCAAAUAGUCACGAUAACAUACGUUCAACGCUCUACCUACUGAGUUAAGCGGGGGGGGGGGGGGGAAGCUUUUUGUAUUUUUGACUUGCUUCUUUGAAUAAUUCUUGACCUGCUACUUUAAAUAAGAUAUACCGCCAUCAGUCACUGUUGAAUGAUGGAAAUUAUGCUUAUAAAGUGUACUGGUGUAAACCUUAGCGUAUCAUUCAAUUAUAUAUACCCUCAUGCACUUUACUGAUACAGUCCUUUAAUGUUUUCAUCACGUCAAGAUAAAUAACUAUUAGUUGAUUUAACUGAUGUAAUUUUGCCUUUGAUUAGUGUUAUGCUUGUGAGUAACGAUAUAACAAUGUAUCGAAAUUCACUGUAUCACGAUACAUUAGUCUGGCGAUACCGUUUCGUAUCAUAGGCCUGUUUCACGAUACAGAAACGAUACAGUGAAAAGUAGUAACAUUGAAUGAAAAUGUUUACACAAUCUGUGUUAAAGAUAGUAAACAAUCUGUGUUAAAGAUAGUAACUAAGCAAAUGUAUCAUUUAUACCAGUUUCUUUAACUUUAAAGCAAAAUUUCAAGUACUUUCCAAGUGUAGGAACAUUGAUUUUUUCAUUUUGUCACUUGAAUGCUUAUUUGUGGUACUCAAUUUGUAUCGCAAUCUGUACUGUAUCUUUGCAUAUGUAUCCCCGUUGGACUAGCGUAUCGUUACACCCUAACUUGUGAGUGUGAUAUGCUUCUCUACUUAAAAACAUGUAUAGUACUGUUCCGAAUUUUCAAAAAUGGAAAGUGUCAGAACAGUGACUGGAUCGUAACAUGUGUACAUUAUGAAACAAAUAAUAUUAUUGUAUAGCUAUAUUGCUCAUUCAAAAUAAACGUA